AAAUUGUCAGGCAAUUAUCAACAUUUCGGCGAUUCCAAUAAUAUUUUUGCCGAGUCUAAACAUAACCUGAAUUACAAACAUUUGAGAAGAAUCCCGGAUGACGAAGGACGAGUUUUCUUGUGAGAAAAGUGACAAUAUUUUGUGACCGUCAACAUUCAAGGUCACUACUCUAGUGACCUUGUCUGAAUCUGCGGUACGUGAACACAGACACGUGGGCAUUAGGACCCGAUAGCAAUGCCUUCCCUCUCUCACGUCUACCUUCGGAUGUCAAUAUACAGUGGGUUUCGGACAAUCGUUGAGGUCACAGCUAGUGAGCCCUUGCCACGAUCUUAGUAAAGUGCCGAGUUCCACUUUCACAUACCUUACAAUUAUCUACGAUUGUUUCUCUUGGGAGCAUCUCUCUUUUCCUCAGGAGCACUAGCACAUCUAAAAUGGUCAUCCCAAGCCGAAUAGUCUCUCUCCUCCGAGCGAAGACCACCCUCCACCAGUUGAACGCAGUGACGGCAAAGAGAACAGCUAUAACAACCCGGUCAGGAGCCAUUCUCCCUGAGCCCAAACGAGAGCCCUUUGGACUGUUCAGGGUAAUAGUAGGAGUUGUUGUUGGCGUGAUGAUUGGUGCGACUCUCAGCAAAAACGUCGCCAAUUUCCUCGAGGAGAAUGAUUUAUUCGUGCCCAGUGAUGACGAUGAUGACGACUAAGUACGUCAAUCUUGAAAGCUUUCUUAAACUAGUAAAUUAUUGAAAAUGUAGAUAUUUAUUCUAUGAUUACCAUCAAAUGGCCCAACGAUUGGAUAAAUCAAUGAAUCAGUGGGCUCAUCGAAAAAUUCGUCAAUUUAUUGACUGAUGAAUUGAUUUAUUUUUGACGGAAAUUUGGAGUGCUGCGAAAGUUUUGGAGGAGAUUCUCAGCGACUGACUAUUUUACAUGAUUUUUCUCAUUGAUAUAUUGACAAAGGACAAGUCAUUGUGGAUAUUUAAUUGUAUUUUGAACAUUUAUGGAAGAGUUGAGUAAACCAGGCUGUCUUUAAUUGGCAAUAACUCGGGAAUGGCAGAGUGAAAUUUCUUUAUUUUCUUUCAUCUUCAAGUUAUUUUUUCAAGCUUGAAAAUGAAACGUGAUAUAUCCAAAAUGUCCUAUCUGGUCCGGAGAUAGUCAAGUUUGAAGCCGAUCCAUCACACACUUCUCUAUUUAUUACAAGUUAUUUUUUUAUUUGUGAUUUUUUUUAUGGAAAUAUUUUUCUGAUGUCAAGUACUUUAACGUUUGAUAAUUGUUAAUGUUUGUGUGAUAGCUUUUCUUAUACUUUUGAAUGUGUACAUGGAAGGAGGGAUUGACUAAUAAAUUUAUUUUAUUGGAA